GGAGAGGACAGGAGGGAGAGGAGAGGAGAGGAGAGAAUCAACCGAUCAGUGAGGUGAGGUGAGGUCUGAGCCCAACCAUCUCAAUCCCAACCCCAUCCUGCCGAUGAUUUCAGGCCACAGCUCUCGUCUCGUCGCAUCUCCGUUACCUGCCUGCUCUGCUCUGCUCUGCUCUGCUCCAGGCGCGCGAGCGAGCAGCAACAAGGAGGGCAACUCCGCGCACCAAAUUCCACGCCAUGGCAACGACCGCCAUGAUUGGGAUUCCCGCCUUUCCCCGUAGCCACCACCCGCUCUCCGCUCGCCCCCGCGCCACGUCGCCCGCCGCCUCCUGCACGCUUCCCCGAUGCAGACUGCUGCUCACACGCCAUUCUUCUUGUUCCGCCUCCUCUGUCCCUCCGCCCCGUGGCCGUCCAACAGCAGCAUUCAAGCGCACCACUUCCGGCAGCACCAACUUCAUGGGUCCACCUCACAAUGGCACCGCCACGCUUCACCGAUCAUCAUCGUCCGACCUUCGCCAGCGCCUGAUCGUCCCCAACUCCACCUCCGGUGCCAGUGCCACGCCCAGUUCAUCCGGACUGCUGUCCACUGUUCUUGGCGUUGCGCACCUGCUCGUGUCGCUGGGCAUCGUGCUCGCCACCGACAAGUUCCUCAAACAGGCCUUCGUCGCCGCGUCCAUCAAGUUCCCAAGCGCCCUCUUUGGCAUGUUCUGCGUCUUCUCCGUGCUCGUCGUCUUCGACACCUUCGUGCCUGCUCUCGCCAAGGGCUUCAUGGAUUUCUUUGAGCCCGCCACCCUGUUCAUCCAGAGGUGGCUGCCCUUGUUCUAUGUCCCGUCGCUGGUCGUGCUGCCGCUUGCGGUCAGGGAUGUCCCAGCUGCUUCGGGCCUCAAGAUUUUCUUAAUCACUUUUGGUGGCUGGUUUGCUUCACUCGCGGUUGCAGGAUAUACCGCACUAGCUGUGAGAAAACUUGUGAAGACACAGCUUAUACCAGCAGAGCCCAUGAGCAAACCAUCUCCUUUUUCGACAUUCGAAAUUUGGGCAUGGGCUGCUAUCUUUGUUGCAUCAUUUGGUGUUGCAUAUUUCAAUCCCACAGCACUUGGUACCACAGCAAGAACAUGUCUUCCUUUCCUGCUCGCUUCCACUGUACUGGGAUACAUGGUUGGUUCUGGGUUACCAUCUGGUGUCAAGAAAGUGUUACAUCCAAUCAUCUCCUGCGCGCUUUCUGCUGAUUUGGCUGCUGUAGCAUAUGGGUACCUCUCCGGGUCUGGAAUUGAUGCUGUGCUAGGUGAUUACCUUACAAAGGCGCCCUCUAAUCCUGGAGCUGGUGAUGUUCUAAUGGGUUUCCUUGGGUCCGUGAUCAUAUCAUUUGCAUUCUCAAUGUUCAAGCAGAGAAAGCUCGUAAAGAGGCAUGCAGCUGAGAUUUUCACAUCAAUCGCCAUUGCAUCGACAUUCUCGUUGUACUCAACUGCUGUCUUAGGGCGCCUGAUAGGGCUAGAGCCGACGUUAACCAUAUCGAUACUACCAAGGUGUAUUACUGUGGCGCUGGCUUUGAGCAUAGUAUCUUUCUUUGAAGGUGUAAACUCUUCACUAACCGCUGCCGUGGUUGUCCUUACCGGGCUCAUUGGUGCGAAUUUUGUCCAAGCAGCUAUGGAUAAACUUGGUCUGAACGACCCGAUCGCCAGAGGAAUAGGGACAGCUUCCAGUGCUCAUGGACUGGGAACAGCAGCACUGUCAGCCAAGGAGCCUGAAGCGCUCCCUUUCUGCGCCAUCGCUUACGGUCUCACGGGGAUUUUUGGCUCGCUGAUUUGCUCGGUUCCAGCAGUGAGGCAGAGCUUGACAUUCAUAGCCGGGUGACGAGUCGUUGGUCAAGUCACCUGUAAAAAACUCUUGUUCAGAAGAUGGCAAAACAAUAUGCCACUGUGAAAAUUUUGGGUCAGAGUGUAAAAGUUUACUCCCAUAUUGCAUUUCACCUGUUGCCAUGCUAGACAGAGAUGGAUUCAUUCUGCUGUUUGAGACAUCAGCUAUUUCUCAAAGUAGAGGCAAUUUGCAGCA